AUGCCGGGGUCGUCACUUUGGCUGUUGCCGCCAGCGGAUCAUCCUCUGAGCGAUGUCAUCCCUAGCGUCAUCGACAAAACAUCCCAGCAGUUCAACUCCCCGCACCGCUUCCUUCCACACGUCACUCUGACAAGUGAAAUUUCCCCGUCGAAAUACGCUUCCAAUCCCCAGGCAUGGCUCGACUCGCUCGAUCUUCCUGCUGGCCAAGAUGUCAAAGUUACAUUUGAACGUCUUGGCAGUGAAGAUGUUUUCUUUCGCAAAUUGUACAUCAAGUGUGAGAAGUCCGAGGGAGUCAAGAAGUUGGCAAUACCAUGUCGGCAGCAAGCAAAUGGCUUCGAGGAAGAGGCAAAGGCUUUGAGCUGGGCUGAAGGACAAUAUAUGCCCCAUUUGAGUUUAAUUCAUGACUGUCCACAAGUCGAUACGAACAUGCUAGCAACGGUGGAACUGCUUGGGAUCAACUUUACAGGCAGUGGAGGCAUGGGGGGCUGGAUCGGCGGAAGGGUAGUACUUGUACCAACUGACAAUGCAGUUGAUGAAUGGCUGCCAAUAGCUGAAAGAGCAUUAUGA